ACCUAACUGAACUUGUUAACUACUUCUCCACACACACACAAAUUAUUGCUGGGGACUCAACAAGUCAGCCAGUCAGUCACAGAGACACGGUUUCUAAGAUCAAUUGAUCUUUCCAAAAAAGCGGCUGCCGCGCGAAGAAGACAAAAACAGACGAAGUACCAAAAAAAAAAAACAAAAAUAAUAAACGGCAAAACGCACGACUACCUCGAAUAUUUUAGAGACAGGCAGACAAAUAAACGGUUGAUCGGUCGGAAGAUUGCUUGGUCUGUUACCACUCCCCGCCACAGCCGCACUCACGAAAAAGUGUUGUUAUUUGGAUUUCUGUUUAUUGUUUUGAAGUUGUUUGUUUUUUUUUGUGUUUUAUAUUUUGAGAAUAUUUAAAUUGUCGUAUUUUACUUUUUAAACCCUAAUUCGUUUCGUAUAACUCUUUAAUUAAGUCUCGAUUUGAUGUGUGCGUGAUUUUGUUUUAAUUCGAGACGACUUCGAGCCGAUUGUUUGCGCCCCAACUGACAACGACGACGGGUUAGAAAGAAAUUGUGAGAGACCGAUAGCAGCAGCAGCAGCAAUAGGACGGUAGACGACAACAGUCAAUAAAUAAAAUAAAACAUACCAAAAAAUACAUAUUUUUAAUAAAUAAAACUUCGACACCUAAGAUAACAAACCAAAAUCCAAAGAAAGCUAAUUAGACAAUUCUCAAGUCCAGACUAGGAAAUAUAUUUCGGAAAUCAAGUGUUUUUAUUUUUAUUGCAGUCUGGUGAUACAAACGAAAACCAGCAACAACAAUACACACUUAAAAUAGACUAAUAACAAAGCAGAUCUAAGGUUACAUGCUCACACGUAGUUCAACUGAAUUGAAACGCAAUCACAAAAAAGUAAAGAAAAAAUAAAAAAAUAGCAAAAUAAACGACCAACCGACCGAACGAGCCAGCAGGCGAACGGGCGAGCAGUCAGGCAACAUUAUCUCCAAACACACAACCACAUUCAGCAUCCCGCUGCCCUCGAAAAACAAAAUAACAAACAAAAAUAAAUAAACCCCAACACAUAAAGACCAGCUCAGCCAUAGCCAGGCGGCGGCCGUAGACAAAAAGUUGUAACGCUCCAAAGCAGAACAAACAGAAAUUGUAACCGAAGCAUAACCGUUUAUAUUUACGUCGUCGUCGUCGUCUUUGGAGAUUCAUUCCAAAAUAAAAAUUGCAAUCAGAGGAGAACAGCUUCUUAAUCGCCAUAUAACUCAAACAUCAUUUCGCGCUCAUGCCUUCACCACCGUCCACCCCGCGUAUACGCAAUACACCGCCAUUCCCGCCGGCACCAAAAUUAGCACGAGCCAAAUUGAAAUCCUCUUCGCUGGAUCAUGAAAUAUUCUUGACCACAACACACAGCAGCCGACCCAAACAUCAUCGGCCGUUACAGACUAGCACCUCGGUGGAAUGGCAUCAUCAGCAUCAAGCGGCACUGACCAUACCGCGUACUGGAUCAACAUCAUCUCUGGCCAGCAGUACAUUCCAAUACCCGUUGGCGGGCGGUAGUAAUUAUCACGAUUUUAAAAAUGAAAUUAUCAAUCAGGGAAAAUGCCUCUGUGGCCAAUACAUUCGGGCCAGACUAAGACGAGCCGGUGUCUUAAAUCGCAAAGUGAUACAGAGAAUGCGUAGUCUAUUGGAACCAUCCUCAGAAAUUGUUUAUGAAGUCUUUCCGGCACUAAAUAGUAUGGGCGAAGAACUGGAACGCAUGCAUCCACGUAUCUACACAAAUGUUUCACGUCAACUUUCCCGCGCACCCUAUGGCGAACUGGUGGAUAGCGAUACAGCGCCCAUGCUAAUGAAUCUGGUAGCGAAGCAACUUUUCUCACGUAGCACCGCCGAGAAGGAACGCAUCACAUGGGCGAAAAUCAUUUCAGUCUUUGCCGUGUGCGGUGGCUUUGCCAUCGACUGUGUGCGUCAAGGUCACUACGACUAUUUGCAGUGUUUGGUCGAUGGUGUGGGUGAAAUAAUCGAAGAUGAUCUAGUCCAUUGGUUGGUGGAACGUGGCGGUUGGAUGGGUUUGCAACAGCACAUAAAACCCAAGGGUUCACAGACGUUUUCUUUUUUAGAUUGGCUAACGCUGUUCGUGGCGAUCUCGUCAAGUUUUUAUGCCGUAGCAAAUUUCCUUAAACAGCUGGGUUGUCAAAUGUAUUCGUUGAUAUUUUAGGAAGUAAAAUAUAUUUUGAAAGAGAAAUUAUGUAAAAUUAUUAAAUUAUUUAUUUGUAAUUAUUAUAUAUAUUAAGUUUGAUAUAUGUACGGACAUACAUUUGUUAAAUGGUUGUUUGUAAACGAAAUCCAAAACUAUAUCAUUGUUAUAGAAAACACGUGUACGUCUUUUUUUAGUCAAAAUGGUUAAAUAAUAAUUGUUACAUUUGAAAAAGAAAA